UCCUGAGAUCCUCCGAGUUGCUUCAGAUCAGCGGAGUGCACCCUGAUAAACGCGUGGAGCUAGAUUUUUCUCUAGCUCUGUCCGUAACUCAUUGUUAUCUUUACAACCUGACGCCGCGGAAAGCUCGUUCUACGCUCCAGUAGUUCGGUUAUUUACUACUCCACUCAUAAUUUUAAUCAUUUAUCGCUGUAUAAAGGGUGUUAUGAGGUCUCUUCGUGGUUAUCUAUCCUCUACGUACGACAGCCGAGUUAGUCGUUCACGUAAUCACCUCCACUUCUCGGUCAGAGACAGUUGCGCGUGGUCUCUUCCGGAUAACAGUCACUCAAUUUCAAUCUCCCUUGAACUUGGUGUACAGAGUCCUUGAAGUGUUCAAGAUUUCAAAUUUUCUUUCCCCAUAUCCUAUCAAGCAACGACCUCGCUCGCUGUCACAUUCCCGAAGUGCCAGAAGAUUUUUACGGAGUGUUUUAACCUCUUUUAACGUUUUCGCGCAGACGACUCGUUAAUAAUGACGGACAAGGAAGUGCUGCAAAAACCGGUCACGCACUGUAUAUUUGACAUGGAUGGCUUAUUGUUAGAUACAGAGACACUCUACACUGAAGUAUUCAGUAGAAUUGUAAGUCCUUAUGGAAUGAAGUAUACGUGGGAACACAAGGCACGUAUAAUGGGUUUCAGGACUCCAGAAGUUGCUGAAGGGAUAAUCAAAAUGCUUAACCUACCAAUGACACCUGCAGAGUUUGAAGCACAGGCAAAAGUUUUGUAUGCUGAACUUUUCCCACGCACACAAAUGAUGCCUGGUGCAGAAAGAUUACUUCGCCAUCUCAAAACCCACAAUGUGCCAAUAGCUUUGGCUACAAGUUCGAGUGCGGAAAGUUACAACCUGAAGACUAAGAAUUAUCAGCACAUUUUUGACCUAUUCGAUCAUCAAGUUUUAGGUGGUUCGGAUCCUGAAGUAAGAAGAGGAAAACCAUGCCCUGACAUUUUCAUAGUUGCAGCAGCAAGAUUUCCUGAUCAACCGGAUCCCUCGAAGUGUCUCGUCUUUGAAGAUGCCCCUAAUGGAGUUCAAGCAGCUUGUGCAGCAGGUAUGCGAUCCGUAAUGGUGCCAGACCCCAAUCUGCCAAAAAGUUCACAGGGUGACGCAACGAUUGUUUUCAACAGCCUAAAUGACUUCAAACCAGAACUGUUUGGUUUACCACCAUUCGAAGACUAGUUCAUCUGUAGAUAAUAAUACUAAAAAAAUCAACUAGCAAAUUUGUUUUACUUUAUCCAAACGAUCACCCAAACUGUGUACCUAGCAGGCACAAUACUUACGUACUACAUACGUAUAUGUAUAUUAUUUUCGGUACACACUUAAACUGUGGAGAAUGUUCUACAUGAUUACCAAUGGUUUACUCUCAUGGUAUAAUUCAAACUUACAAACAUGUAAGACGGUUACAUGUCUCCUAAUAAAAUGCUAUAUUUUAUGUCUAGUUAA